CCCAAGGACAAGAAAGAUACGCUAUGCUUGGACCUUCAUUCAUUGUUACUUCUAAUUCUGAUCCUGAAUGGCCAGCCACCACUUCGCGCAGGAGAACUCAAGAGAGCCAAACUCCCUACGAAACGUACAACAUCUGCAUGGGGUAUGGUAUGACAGACCCUAGCUCUAUACUCCAAAAUAAUAAUAAUAUGAUGACAAUGGCCUCAGCACCAAGUGAACAUGGAGAUCCUUUGUUUCGUAACACGAAGAACAAGAUCGUGUCGUUAUCAAAUAAAAAUCGAAAGCUGAAUUCUGCAAGAGAUAUUUGGGCAAGUGAAAAAAAAU